UCCAGUCGAGGGUUGCACUCCGAUCAGUAGAGAACUCGCGCGCGCGCGCGCGUACAGACAUCGGAGAAAACAGGACUAGACGAGUUUUUCAGUGGCGCGCAAGUGUCCUGUGUGUGUGCGUGUACUAUACCUAUAUAUACAAUCAUCCAGCUCCCCGCAUAACUAUAUAUAUACGAAUAUCCUACGGGCAGCGAGGAGAGGAUAGAAGAGAGUUGCAGCCGGUCCGCCGCGGAGUGGCGCCAGGUGUCUCGCGUUUACAGCGACUACUAGCGGCCUACCCCCUCUCCCCGCGCUCGCGCGUGUGUGUUAUACGGCGUAGCGUCGGUGUGCACUGCAGCGGAGGCGCACGGUAGCCGCAGUUUCUCCCGGAGCGCCGAGCGACCAACAACUCUCCACGCACUCGCUCAGCUCGCUCGCUCUCUCCCUCUGGCCGAAGCCUCCGACUAUAUAACAUGAGACAGUGUGCAGCGGCAAUGUAUAAAUAAAUCGAGAGAGGGAGACGACGAGUUUGACAAGUACCGCCGAGUAGUGUCCGCGUGUGCAGUGUUUCGGAUAUACGUAUUUUAGAGAAAAAGAGAGAGAGAGAGAGAGAGAGAGAGAGAGAGAGAGAAGCAGGCCUGCAGCGCGCGGCAAGCCGGAUCGCUCCCGAGAGUGCAAGUGUCAUGCCGCGCUGCUGUCGCACAUCGGCCGUCGUCGACAGGAGCUAGUAGUUAGUGCGCCUGUGUGCUGCGACGGAGCUGCAUCGCGCGGCUUCUUCAUCGGGAGCGGGAACACCGAAGAUCCAGAGACGCAGUGCUCUUAGCCAACAUGACGCUGCUCACCACCACGACGACGACGCUGAUCGCUAGCUGCUACUGCCUCCUCCUGCUGCUGCCCUCGGUGGUGCAGGCCGCGGGUGUGUUCGAGCUCAAGCUCAAGUCGUUCGCCAACGAGAACGGCAAGGACAGCCUGGGCAAGUGCUGCUCCGGUGGCCAGCCAAGCAGUUCCGGCAAGUGUCCCGGUGUCUGCAGGACGCGCUUGUUCGUCUGCCUCAAGCAGUACCAGGCCAACAUCGACACCACGACCAAGUGCACCUACGGCGAGGUCGUCACGCCGGUCCUCGGCGACAGCGUCCUCGGCAACCUCAGCGACGCCUCGGUCGCCACCACCGGCUUCGCCAAUCCCAUCAGGUUUCCCUUCGAGUUCACCUGGCCGGGAACGUUCUCGCUGAUCGUCGAGGCCUUCCACGACAACACGGACAACGCGACGCAUCUCACCAGUGGCUCGAGCGCGGCGGAUCGUGUGAUAAUCACGCGACUGGCGACCCAGCGCUGGCUCGACGUUGGACCCGAAUGGAUCGAGGACGAGCAUCGCUCGCAGCACUCGGUCAUGCUCUACGACUACCGGGUGACCUGUGCCGCCCAGUACUACGGCAAGGGCUGCGAGAAGAUGUGCAGGCCGCGCGACGACAACUUUGGCCACUACAGGUGCUCGCCCACCGGCGAGAUAGUCUGCCUGUCCGGGUGGAAGGGCGACUACUGCGACAUCCCCCACUGCCUGGCCGGAUGCGACGAGCAGCACGGACACUGCAGCCGACCCAACGAGUGCACGUGUCAUAACGGCUGGACGGGACCGUUCUGCGACCAGUGCGUGCGCUACCCCGGCUGCCUCCACGGCAGCUGUCAGAAGCCCUGGGAAUGCCUCUGCGACGAGGGCUGGGGCGGUCUCUUCUGCAACCAGGACCUGAACUUCUGCACGAACCACAAGCCCUGCCGCAACGGCGGCACGUGCUUCAACACCGGACAGGGCUCUUACACGUGCGCCUGCGCCGCCGGCUUCACCGGCACCGACUGCGAGACCCCGAUCCUCGACUGCCAAGCCAACCCCUGCCUCAACCAGGGCACCUGCAUGUCCACCAACGAGACCCACGCCGACGAGAGGCACAUCAGUCGGCGCUACAAGUGCGCCUGCCCCGCCGGAUGGCGCGGACGGCACUGCGAGGUCAGCUCCAGGUCCUGCAAGGACUCGCCCUGUGCCCGCGGCGCCACCUGCGAGGACGACAGCGAGAAGGGCUACAGCUGCAAGUGCCCCGCCGGCUACACCGGCUCCGACUGCGAGAAGCAGAUAGACGAGUGCGCUGAGAACCCCUGCGCCAACGGAGCCACCUGCACCGACCUCAUCGCCGGAUUCAGUUGUACCUGCCCGCCGGGUUUCAGCGGAGAGCGAUGCCAGCAUAAUAUCGAUGACUGCCAAGGCGAGCCCUGCCUCAACGGCGGAACCUGCGUUGACCUGGUCAACAAAUUCAGGUGCCAGUGCGUGCCCGGAUACACGGGAAGACUCUGCCAGGACAAAGUCGACUACUGCCUCGCAAAACCAUGCGCCAAUGGCGGCUCCUGUGUUUCCACCACCAACGACUACCGCUGCUUCUGCAAACUCGGCUUCUCCGGCAAGGACUGCAGCCUCGACGUCGACGAGUGCAAGAGUUCGCCCUGCCAGCACGGCGGAACCUGUCGUAACAGAGUUAACGGCUUCGUCUGCGAGUGCCCGGACGGAUGGCGCGGCGAGACCUGCAGCGAGCCUCCUCCGCGAGCCGGCUACUGGUCGCCGCCACCGGUGCAGCAGCAACAACAGCAGCAGCUGCAGCCUGUGGCCGCCAAGCCCGAGGCAAGACACGCGGCGCUCAGCACCGAGCACGUAGUCGUCAUCGCGACCAUCUCGACGGCGGUACCGGCGUUCGUGCUGCUCGCGGCUCUGGCCGUCAUGUGCAUGAAGAGGCGACAGAAGCGCGAGCAGGCCAAGGCGGACGAGGAGGCGCGCCUGCAAAACGAGCGCAACGCCGUGCACAGCAGCAUGAGCAAACGCGCUGCGGCGGCGCUCUGCGAACGACCCGGCGAGCUCCAGGCCAACGGCGACAGCCACAUGAUCAAGAACACCUGGACGGCGCAGUCGGCGGCAGCGGCAGCCGCGGCUGGAUGCGGCCAAGGACUCGAGCACAGCUCCAGCACGGGAAGACUACAGGCCAAGAGCGUGAACAACGCCGCGGCGGCAGCGGCCUACGAAGACGGCUACAAACCCGAGCCGGUGCAGGACGUGCGGCAGCGAGGCGCCGCGACGAAGCAACUCAACACGGAGGCGGCGGCUCACCGAGCCUCGCAGCAACUCUACCAGAAGGAGAAGGAGUGCAUGCAGCGGACGAGCCCCUGCCAGAUGAUGGACUCGAAGCGGGCGUCGACGCUCAUGACGACGGACAACAGUAGCUGCUGCUCGGCUGCCAGCUGCGGCGACUUCAAGAGGCCGAACACGUCGCUGACGGAGACGAGGCCGCCGUCGCCGCCGGACGGCGAUGCUCCCCUCAAGGGCUCGGACACGUCUGGCUGCGGCGUCUACGUAAUCGACGACCACUACAGGCACGACUCGGCGCUGGCCGCGACGCUCGCCACCGAGGUCUAGCCACGGCGGCUCCGCGACGACGAAUUUUCAAUUUCACUGACUGACACUUCUGUGCUCUAUCUCUACUGAAUGUUCUUACUAGCGACCACUAGCCAGCCCAUGGACUUCACACACGCGACUUCUUAGAUUGUUAAGGCAAAAUCAACAAAUGGAUGCUGUGUGGGCGGAUCCCCGUGUUCCGCCUGUCUUUAGCUAUUAAAUAGGUAUCAUGCUCGAAGCGCCUUGUACAGAACUAAUUUAUUACUAUUAUUAAUUGUUAUUUUCUAUUAUUAAUUAUAAUAUUAUUUUUUAUAAUUAUGCUUAUCCAAUAUCUUUACGACACUCAUUAAUUACUACUACCGGAUAAGAUUACCUAGCGUAACCGGAUUCUGUCGCCUGAUUAUCAUUGUUCCGCCAAGUUUUCGCGCGUGCGAGGGAAAACGUGUCUUCGUUUCUGUGCGCGUAUAUUAUGCAUUUUUGUAUACUGUCCGAUCUGUGUGUGUGUAUUUUGCUGUUAUAUAAAAAGAGACGUUCGCGCGCGACGCGAAAGAGAGAGAGACUGGAGCGCGGCUACGAAGUGACUGUGUUUUUGUUUUCUGUAUAUGUAUUCGUUCGAUGGACAAAAGAAGCGCAUACACUGGCGGUCUGUCGCGAGGCGAAACGACAUCGUUCCGGCUAUCGACAUGGCGCUUUUUGCAAUCCUCAUCCGAUCUCUCGCGAGCUCGGAUGAAAAUUGCACAAAAGCGUGUGCGCCUUUCUGGCUCUCGAGAAGCUUCGCGGACGCUAAUUUACCUCGGGACAAAAGGUCGAAUUGCGCGCAAUUCGAUCGGGACAGGCCCGUCAACAAGUGUGAUACUCCCUUUUUUCUCCCCCUUCGGGAGAGGACUUUCUCUUUCACUCACCGCGCUCGCGCGAGUUCAUUGACAGUCUGUGUUGCGAGCGAUAGUAGCGUCUUGGAAUCUAAAAAUACGCGCCACUCGAGUGCCACCCGAGUUAAAAGAACGGGUGAGCGAGGCGCGUCGUCUUUCACCCGACCAAACGCGCAGACGCAUGUACUAAGCUUUGCGACUACUUAGUAAGUAGCGCGAGAGGGAGAAAAAUAGGGACUGAUGCGAGCGCGCGCGAGCUGACCCUCCCGUCCAGACGCGGUUUUUCGGCGCCAACCGCUGGAACAAAAUCGAGGAUCGUCACCCUUUCUUUGAUAGCUUUCACUCUUGACGAUCUCGUUUACGGUCAGCAGAUGUUUAUUUCACGCAUUAUCAUUUUUUAUUUUUUCAUUUUUUUUUUUUUUUGUUUUCUCAACGAUCAGUUCCACCUCACUCAUCAUACGAACAGCUGGCGAUUCUCGAUUUUUCCGACAAAUUGCCAGCGCGUUUAUGCCAGCAAUGGAUUCCAAAGUCCGGCAUUAUAUUGUGCUAUUAGCGGUUGAUUUCGCGCGCGCGCGCGCGCGGCAUGUGAAUGGACACGGUGCCAGCAAGCUUACUUCGUCGCGCAUUUAACCGUUCGUUGUAUCGACAACUCAAGACUUUGAUGAUUAUCUUGCUUGCACCGUUUCCCUGUGCGUAUAUAUAUAUAUUUCGUGUAUAUGACAAAUGACGACUGUUUUGUUAUGAUACGAUCAUUCUCGAUGAUUAACUAUUUAUUUAUAAAUAUACACAAGUAACGAUGAUAUUGUUGGUGAUAUAAUGAUCAUGACGAUGUUAGAUGAUAUGGAAUAUCGGACAACGAUGAUGUACUAGCGACGACGAGAUUGAUAUAUAUAUAUCGAUGAUGAUGAUGAACCAAGCUUCAUUAAUGUUCCUCUUAAAUUAUUAUGAUAAAUACUAAAGUCAGACUUGGGACUUUGCGCGGAUCGCGAGCGAUGCCAGGGUCCUAAAGCCAACUCUCUUCAUCCCUCGUUCAUUCGAGAGAGCAGCGAAUGAAGGAGAUACAAGAAAGAAAAGUGAUCAUGCAAUUUACCAAGACAAGACGAUUAUGCGAUUACUCUCUGGAUCUUCGUAGCGACUUUCUUGUCAAUUUUUUGUACUUACAUCUCUCAUCCUAUAUUUAUCCGAAAAAAUGUCUUCAUCUCACACUCACACACACACGCACACACACACACAAACAAGCCGGACCUCGGCGGGAAGAGACUCAUUGCAGCAGCGCGCGACAAGGCCAGCUCUCCGUUUCCAGAAAACGGAGAUCGUCCGCCGAGGAGCGACGAACUUUUUUCCCGCCGACGUCCCGCACCUUCCCUCAUUUUCGAACGUUCUUUCCCCUUCCUCCCCCUUGUUCCCCCUUACCAAUUUGCGCAUAUGUAAUUUUAAGUGAAAAAGCGUUGUAAAGAAUUCGUAGAUUGAAACUUUUUGUAAAGAUGCAAAUCUGUAUAUUUGUAGUAGCCGUGUAAAAUUAUGAUUAAUUAUUAUAUUAUAUUGUAUCAUUAUAUCAAAAACCAUUGUAAAUAGACGAAUUGUCAAUAUAAAAUGUCAAAAGAGCGAAAAGCGAAAGGAUUAAUAACGAUACAUUCAAAGAUAA